UGGUCCGCCGCGCGAUCACAAUUGGUUCGCGCUCACUCUCGUCAGUUCCCAUUGUUUUCCAUCAUCGUCGCCGUCUGUCUUGGUCUGUCCAUUUGCCCUGUUACGGUCCCAUAGCAGCAUCCCGACGGUAUAUUUUGCGUCCACCGAAGAUCACACCGGAUCAACCAGUGGCCAAUGAUCUUGUUCCUGGAGACAUGACAAGCGCGACGACGCGACGCUGCUCCGGAACAGCAUUAUCCUGAAGUAAAGCAACGACGUCGUCCACAUCGGCGCCGAGGAGGAGGUCGAGAAGAAUUACAAGGAGGGAUCCGUCGCAUUCGCGGAGUAGCCUCAUCUGACGCAUGAAAGGUCGGGGCUGCGGUAAGAUCAAGAACGAGACAAUGCCGCCGUCCUCGCACACCAACUGGACGAGGCCGUUGCUCAAGGGCGGACAGACCAUGCAGAUGCAGAUCACUAAACAACAGCAGCAACAGCCGAUGACGACGAUGGUGACGAUGGCGACGGCAACGACAACUUCAUCGUCGACAGCUAUAGGUACUGGAGCACAAAAUCAAAGUGUGACGGAGCAGCCUGCGACACCGCUCGACAAAAGGAUCAAAGUGGUCUUGGUGGGCGAUGGUGCGGUCGGCAAGACCAGCUUGGUGGUUUCGUACUCUACCAACGGUUUUCCUGGGGAAUAUGUGCCAACUGCGUUUGACAAUUAUAAUGUGGUUGUAAAUGUCGAUGGCCAACCGCUGAAUGUUCAGCUAUGUGAUACAGCAGGCCAGGACGACUUUGAUCCCUUGAGAUCAUUGUGCUAUCCCGAGACAGAUGUGUUCCUAGUUUGCUUCAGCGUUGUAUGUCCUUCCUCUUAUCACAGCGUGGCUUCUAGAUGGAUCAAUGAAGUGCGCAAAUAUUGCCCCAGUGCUCCAAUUAUUUUGGUAGGAACGAAAAGUGACCUAAGAUCGGAUGUACGUCUGAUGCUGCAACUGGCGAGAUACGGUCAGGCGCCAAUCACCACUAUCCAGGGUCAUCAGUUGGCGCGGAGACUAGGCGCCGUCAAUUACGUCGAAACAUCCGCGUUAACGCAACACGACCUCAAGGAGGCCUUCGAUCAAGCGAUAGUCAGUGCCCUCAAUACGCGACGCGGAGGCGCCAAUUUAUUGUAUCGUCGUAGGAAGCCGCCCCCGUUGUGGCGUAGAUGGUUAUGCUGCUGGGAACGCCCGUCUUCGAGCGAGACCUAAAGUAACAAUCCUGUUAUAAGUGAGAUAGACUCUAUACUUUUUUAGAAUCCCUCUGUGAUCAUAGGCAGUCGCUCUCCUCUUUGUCAGAAUCAACCUGUCCCUCCCUAUUAGCAUGGUAUACUGGGUAGCUAAGUACAUUAAAGAUUAUCUCGACAUACAAAGAGAGGCAGUUGAUACUUUGUUAUUUAGAUUUUAGACGAGACAAGAUUAUUAAUAGAUAUUUCCGUGCGCGAAAAUAAACAUCGAGGGCAGCCCUAUUACACGCGACACUUUAACAUAAUUCGCUCAUCUGCACGGAUUGCCUAUUAUAUUUUUUAUAUGCGUUAAAUAUUUUACGAACUAACAAACUGCCAGAAUAAUAUGCCAAAUAGGAUAUUAUCUAGAAAACCGAAAAUAUGAUGCCUAAUUGAAUAAUUAGUAUUUAAGGAUUGCUUAUCGCACACGCGACAAUAUAUUGAGCAAAGAUCUAGACAUUAUUGGGAGUAAAUUGUUUAUCGAAUUACAAUUCUGACAGACGGAGCGAGCGAGUGCUGCCUUCGUAAAAUUCCUGAAGCCGCACAUAAGUGUGGUAUAAUUUAUUGUAUAAUAUUAAUCAUAUUUUUGUUAUACUAGCAUAGUAAUUGGCUACUCGCUGGUUGUGAUUUUCGUACAUGUAAUAUCUUUGUUUAAAUUGUUGCGGUAAAGAUUAAUUCUUUCCCACCUUUUCUCCCUCUGUUUCUCUCUCUCUCUUUCUCUCUCUUUACCGAGGAUUUUAGGUGGUUCUUUUAACCACGUGUGGUGUAUAACAAUUGUAUAUUCUUUUUACUUGUUGCGACAUUAUAUAUAUAUAUAUGUAUAUAUAUAUAUAUAUAUAUAUAUAUAUAUAUAUGUAUGUAUAUAAAUAUAAAUAUAUAUAUAUAUAUUUAUUUUUUAAUAUCUUUGAUAUAUUGGUAUUUUAGUAGAAUGUAAUAGUAACUUUAAAAUAUCAUGUUACACUUUCGCAGAUCGACGAUAACCGCGUGACAUCACACAUAUAUACACAAAAUAUAUAUAUAGCGUAAGCGAUAUUGAUAACAAUGAUAUUUAGUAAGACGCGUUUUUGAUAUAAAUAUAUGUGAUGUAGUAGUAUGAAUUUGUACGAGCGAUAUAUCAAUGACGAUAGAGGUACAUUAAUAAUUAGCGCGAAAAUACAUCCGUGGUAUUUGACGAUUUACAUUAUUUGUACUUCAAGUUGCUAUGAAAGUUGCUGUGAUCUUAAUUGAAAUUUUCUUCCGGAUAUUUUAUGGAUGUGUAUUGCAUAUGAAAUUAUACGCGAAUAAGACUGCAUAAGAUUCAAAACGAUAAAAUGCAUAAUAUCACAGACUUAAUUUGCUGUAAUUCAUUUUUAUAUCAUGUGUGGCGCAUCAAAAAUAAAUUGUAUAUAAAUAUUUAUUCAUCACAAAUGAAAA